AUGAGAAAUUGUCCCCAACAUUCGUUUACACCCUCAUCAAUUCCUUCUUUCUGGCAUUAUCUGCCUUUGUGCCAUGAAAUGAUGGGAUUCGGGAUCGUGACCCUCCCACUUCUUGGCUUGCUGCUUACAUUUUGUUCUUUCAUGUACAUUGACUACCACAGGAUUUCUUUUUUUUGGCCUUCAACUAUCCCCUUGGUCCACUGGUUUGUGGUACAGUGUUCGGCCGUAGCACCACUAGCCAAACCGCCGGCGGCGCGGCGAGGGCAGCUGGUGGCCAUGUCUGCGGGCUUCUUUCGGGGAACAAAUACCGAUCAGGUGAAACAUGUCAAUGCCGAGCAGAAGAUCAUCAAGGACAUGGAAAAGAACAAGCGCUUCCCUGACCACUACUCGAAGAAAGUGGACAUGGCGAAGGUCUCCAUGGAUGUCAUGAAGCCAUGGAUUGCCAAGCGCAUCACAGAGAUGCUGGGCUUCGAGGAUGACAUCGUCGUAGACUUCUGUGUGGCGCAGCUGUCCGAGCCGCCAGACAAGGGCUUAGACCCCAAGCUGCUGCAGGUGAAUAUGACAGGCUUCAUGGAGCGCAAGGCUGGCCCCUUCGUCUCGGAGCUUUGGCAGCAUUUGCUCUCUGCGCAGGAGAGUCCGGUUGGAGUGCCCCGAGAAUUUAUCGACCAAAAGAAGGAAGAGCUCCAGAAGAAGAAGGAGGAAGCCGAGAAAGUGCAAGAGGAGUUGAAGAGAAGAAAGCAAGACCUAGAGGAGGCCGAGCGGCAAGCACGUGGCACCCGAGACCAAGAGCGCGACCGGCGGAAAUCCCCGCGGCGCUCACGGUCCAAGCAGGCACCCAGUGAGACGAUGGACGAUGACCGCCGCCGCGAUGACCGCCGCGACGACCGGCGGGACGAUCGCCGGCGAGAUGAUCGCCGGGAUCGGGACGACCGGCGGCGAGAGGAUCGAAGGCGGCGAGAUAAGUCUGAGUCCAAAAGCCCACAGCCGCGCAGGCGAGACAAGCGAUUUGAGUGGGAAGACUGA